AUGCAUUUAGUACUAAAAUACGAAGAUGGUGCUGAAGAAGAUGAAACCGAGGAAAAUGAUGAGGAGGUGCAAACUUACAGGGACCGAGCGGAUCUGCUACGGAUUCUUGAAGAUGAACGAGAAGGAUAUGAAGAAAGUCCUACCCUGGAACAAGAAGGUCCAGGGCCCGAUCCCGCUGAAGAGGAUCCACCUCUAUUGGAAGACCCACAACCUGAGAAGGAACCUGGUGUUCACAGUGUGCAAGCUCGGCGUCAAGAAAUGAGGAAAUUAUUGUGGAAAAAGCAGAGUAUGUGGAUCGACUGCCAAAUAAUAAGUUACCAAAUCCAAAAUCAUCCAUGA